AUGGUGAAGAUACAAACCUUUAUUCUACUACUUGGCUUGAGCCUAGGUGUCUCCGCUAAGAACUCGGGCGUUGCGACAAUUACGGGAAGUGCUGCAGCCUUGUCGACGCUACAGACUGCCAGUGGUGUAGUGCGGUACAUCACCCUGACCCUAUUGGCUAUCACUAUGAUAAAUCUAAUCCACUCUAAACAGGCGGGUAAACUACCAGGCGGAGGCGGCGCGCGCUCCUGCCACAAGAGCGGAAAUCCCUGCAGGAAAGACGCUUGGUUUACAGAUUAUAGGGAUGGUACUCCUCCAAUCUACUGGUCAGACUGCAAUCUAGACUAG